AUACUCUACUUAGUCACCUACUUCCGUCGUUUAAUUUCCUAUUACUUUAGUAUUACUAAUCUUCGUAAGAGAAGCAGUUUUUACAAAUUUCAAGCGUCUAAAUAUUCAUAUUAAAAUAUUUUGAAAUUAUUAGUGAAAAGAUAUCGCGAAUAUAGUAUAAUUUAUUAUAUUACCAUAAAAAAGCUUUUGCUAAACUUAUCUUGACCUUGCUAGUUCUUUUCCGUUCAGCUACCGCGAUUGGAACAUGUCGUAUUCACCUGAAAGAAGAUCAGAGGAUUGGCCGGAGGAUCCUAAAAAUGGGCCAUCAAAAGAUCAAGGCAACUACGAUGGACCUUCGGGUAUGGAACCCGGCGGUAAUCUCGAUACGAAUUGGCAUGAAGUCGUGGAAAGCUUUGAUGACAUGAAAUUGAAAGAAGAAUUACUGAGAGGAAUCUAUGCCUACGGGUUUGAAAAGCCUUCGGCCAUUCAGCAACGCGCGAUUAUGCCUUGCAUCCAAGGUCGUGACGUUAUAGCUCAAGCCCAGUCUGGAACUGGGAAAACUGCUACUUUCUCAAUUUCAAUUCUACAACAGAUCGAUACCAGCAUUCGUGAAUGUCAAGCUCUAAUUUUGGCCCCAACUAGAGAGUUGGCGCAACAGAUUCAAAAGGUAGUGAUAGCUCUUGGUGAUCACUUGAAUGCUAAAUGCCACGCCUGUAUUGGUGGUACAAAUGUUCGUGAAGACAUUCGUCAGUUGGAGAGUGGAGUGCAUGUAGUAGUAGGCACCCCUGGUCGUGUAUAUGACAUGAUCACGCGUCGUGCCCUGCGUGCAAACACAAUCAAGUUGUUCGUACUCGAUGAAGCUGAUGAAAUGUUAUCGAGAGGAUUUAAAGAUCAAAUUCACGAUGUCUUUAAAAUGCUGUCUUCUGAUGUUCAAGUUAUUUUGCUAUCUGCUACAAUGCCAGAUGAUGUACUAGAAGUUUCUCGAUGCUUCAUGAGGGAACCUGUGCGUAUACUUGUUCAGAAGGAAGAGCUAACACUGGAAGGUAUCAAGCAAUUCUUCAUCUCUAUCGAGCUGGAAGACUGGAAACUAGAUACUCUCUGUGACUUGUAUGACACCCUCUCCAUCGCUCAGGCUGUCAUCUUCUGCAAUACACGUCGCAAGGUGGACUGGCUCACUGAAUCCAUGCACGACCGUGACUUCACCGUUUCUCACAUGCAUGGUGAUAUGGACCAACGCGAGCGCGAGAUCAUCAUGAGGCAGUUCCGCACAGGAUCCUCUCGUGUUCUCAUCACCACUGAUCUGCUAGCUCGUGGUAUUGAUGUUCAACAAGUUUCGUGCGUAAUCAACUACGAUCUACCCACCAAUCGCGAAAACUACAUUCAUCGUAUCGGAAGAGGAGGUCGUUUCGGCCGUAAAGGAAUCGCUAUCAACUUUGUGACUGAAGCUGACAAGAGAGCAUUAAAAGAUAUUGAGGAAUUCUAUCAUACAACUAUUACGGAAAUGCCCAAUGAUGUGGCUAACCUCAUCUGAGGCGCCAUCGCAUUCCAGUUUAUACUUUGUGUCCUGCAUUCUAUUGCGAUAUUUAAACGGUGUGAGUAUUAGGUGGGCAGCCUCCUAAGUACCGCUGUGCUGAUUUUUUUAUUGGAACUCAUUUUAUUUCGACCGAUAUAUUGGUUUUAGUUUAAUUGAUGAAUACAUUAUUACUAUUAUAAACGUAUCUAUAUAAGUCUAAUAUACAUAGUUGUAAGACCGGCCCGGCCGGAUGGCCCCCGUUCCGCGUAGACCUCCCUGCUACUUGCAGAGGGGUCUCAUCGGGUACUGGAGAGGCUAUUUCAAUCACAAAAGUACUAGAAGAAAAUAAUGUAUUGUAGCUUUUUCCAGUUGUACAUAAUAUGGUAAACUGUUUUUGUAAUAUGGUAAAUAAAUAUGAUUUAAUAUCUUCUUUGUAUUGUUAUUGAUGUGAAAUUGUAGCGCUCCAAUCCCGAUCGGAACCUUAAUUGUCUGUAGCUGUAUACUCAAUUGUAUAAAUUUUGUUUACAGAAAAUCUACCAACUGAGCUGUUGAAACGCACUUUGGACACAACUAUGUGGAAAUAAUAAAUCAAAAUUUCCUCUAA